AUGGAUACCUUUAUACUGGUAGCAAGAAACCAUCUCGAGCGACGAAAGAACUCCAAGACAUGUCCAAUUGAGGAUACCCGUGGCCCUGAGAUUGUGCCCUUCGUCGGUAACCUUACAUUCCACCAAUUCGCAACAAUUCUCUCUGGAGCCUGUGCCAUCCUCAGCACAAUCAUCGUCGGUAUUCUCAUCGCCCUUCAUGCAUUCAACUACUCGAAUCCUAUACAACAACGACAGAUCAUCCGGAUCAUGUCACUGGUACCAUGGGUGGCGCUGUUCUCUUUUCUCGUCGUCUGGCAAGAAGACGCAGGAGAAUACCUAGUACAUUCACUUGAUUUCGGCUGUUCCAUCGCGCUAUCGGCAUUCCUGCUGUUCAUGUGCGAUCUUGUGCUCUCGCAUCGUGAGGGCUUUGACGCUUUAUUCGGAGAAGGAGCGAGAGCCAAAGGUACUCUCAAAGAAAACAGUCCAAAUUGGCUGAAACGUAUUUGGUACGGCGUGCUUCAGUUCAUACCCACCAGUAUCAUCAUAUGGAUUGCCACCGCAGCUACCCUUGCUACCGGCACCUACUGCAAACAGUCCAACAAUGUACAUUUCGCACACCUGUGGCUCACGAUUCUGGUCGCAUAUACCACCACAGUCGCUAUCAUCAGUUCCCUCAGGUUCUAUAAGUUCAACCAGAAGUUGUUGAAGGAGCAUCGAAUCAUACUCAAGCUGGCGACAUUCAAGGGUAUUCUUGGUCUGAACUUCCUCCAGUCGUUUAUCAUCUCCCUACUCGCGGGCCAUGGCGCGCUCAAACCCACUAAAUACAUGACAUUCCACGAUAUCAACAGCGGCCUCGCCUCGCUCAUCCUCGCUUGCGAAAUGCCCAUUUUCGCAGUCCUUCUUCUCUUCGCCUUCUCACCAUUACCAUACAAGCAACAGGGUAGUCCUGCUGCAGGGCCGGUCAGUGCUGUCGUUGAUGCUUUCAACAUCUCGGAUCUGUUGUCGGCGUUCUAUCGGGGACCCAUGAGACUGGUGAGAGACCAGCAAAGACAGAUCAUGCGACAGGACAGUAUGAGGAUUGGUAUGGUCCCACCUAGAGAUGACGAUGAGAGGGAAGGCCGAUCCGCUGUGUGA